AGCAGAGGGACGCGAGUUGUUUCAGCACCACCAGCAAUAGACAGCGCUCAGCACAUAACCGGGGGAUGGCCUGCCUGACUGCAGCUUUCAGUGUGGGCACUACUCUGAGUUCCAGUAUUUCUUCUGCCGCAAUGUCAGAGUCAAAAUCCGUUUGCGUAUGUCUGGAUGAAGUGGUCUCCAACUGCGCCGGCAACCAAGACACUCCGCUGCUUAACGGACAUUUAAAAAAAGUCGACAACAGCCUCACAGAGGCCCAGCGCUUCUCCUCCCUACCCCGGAGGCCGGCUGUGAAUAUUGAAUUCAAGGAUCUCUCAUUUUCUAUCCCUGAGGGGCCAUGGUGGAAAAAGAAAGGAUACAAAACUUUGCUGAAAGGAAUCUCAGGAAACUUUGGCUGCGGGGAGCUGGUUGCCAUAAUGGGCCCCUCCGGGGCCGGGAAGUCUACGCUCAUGAACAUCCUGGCUGGAUAUAGAGAGACCGGCAUGAAGGGGGAAAUCUUCAUUAACGGCCAGCCCCGCGACCUACGGACGUUCCGCAAAGUGUCCUGUUACAUCAUGCAAGAUGAUAUGCUUCUGCCGCACCUCACCGUGCAGGAGGCCAUGAUGGUUUCUGCCCAUCUGAAGCUUCAAGAGAAAGAUGAAGGGAGACGGGAAAUGGUGAAGGAGAUACUGACGGCUCUGGGCCUGCUGCCUUGUGCCGAUACCAGGACGGGAUGUCUCUCUGGGGGUCAGAGGAAACGAUUGGCCAUUGCUCUGGAAUUAGUGAAUAAUCCUCCGGUGAUGUUCUUUGAUGAACCUACUAGUGGGCUGGACAGCUCGUCCUGUUUCCAAGUCGUCUCCCUAAUGAAAUCCUUGGCUCAAGGAGGCCGGAAUAUAAUCUGCACCAUUCACCAGCCAAGUGCCAAACUGUUUGAGCUGUUUGACCAGCUGUAUGUACUAAGCCAGGGACAAUGCAUCUACCGUGGGAAAGUGUCAAACCUUGUCCCUUACUUGCGGGUUCUAGGAUUAAACUGCCCGACGUAUCACAACCCAGCGGAUUUCAUAAUGGAAGUAGCCUCAGGAGAGUACGGAGACCAGAACCCUCGUCUUGUAAGAGCCGUACAAGACAUGCGUGUGUCCGAUCAGAAAAUGGACCAUUGUGGAGAGAAUGAACCCAACCUAUACAUGUGGCACAAACCAUCUGAUGAGGACUCCUCACCCACAGAAGGAUGCCACAGUUUCUCAGCCAGCUGCCUCACUCAGUUCUGUAUUCUGUUUAAGAGGACCUGUCUCAGCAUCAUGAGAGACUCGGUGCUGACCCAUCUGCGUAUCACAUCACACAUAGGAAUUGGGAUACUAAUAGGAUUACUCUACCUGGGGAUCGGUAACGAGGCUAAAAAAGUCUUAAGCAACUCUGGCUUUCUCUUCUUCUCCAUGCUGUUCCUGAUGUUUGCAGCUCUUAUGCCGACUGUCCUCACCUUUCCACUGGAAAUGGGAGUGUUUCUCAGAGAGCAUCUCAACUACUGGUAUAGCCUAAAGGCAUACUACUUAGCCAAGACAAUGGCGGACGUUCCGUUCCAGAUCAUGUUCCCGGUAGCAUACUGCAGUAUCGUAUACUGGAUGACGGCACAGCCUUCGGACCCUCUGCGAUUUGUCUUAUUUUCUGCCCUUGGAACCAUGACAUCAUUAGUGGCUCAAUCUUUAGGGCUCCUAAUAGGGGCAGCGUCCAAUUCCUUACAGGUGGCAACAUUUGUAGGUCCGGUGACAGCAAUCCCAGUUCUCCUCUUCUCUGGCUUCUUUGUCAGUUUUGACACCAUUCCUGGCUAUCUUCAGUGGAUGUCUUACAUGUCAUAUGUCAGAUAUGGAUUUGAGGGGGUGAUUCUAUCAAUUUACGGCCUUGACAGAGAAGAUCUACACUGCGACAAAGAUGAAACGUGCCACUUCCAGAAGUCACAGGCUAUUCUUAAGGAACUUGACGUGGAGAACGCCAAACUGUACCUCGACUUCAUUAUUCUUGGGGUCUUCUUCGUCAUUCUGCGCCUCGUAGCCUAUUUCGUACUCCGAUACAAAAUUCGGGCAGAGAGGUAAAGACGUGCUACUUUCAAGAAGAAUUCUGCUGAAGAUUGUUGUUGUACUUCUAUACUUGGCCAAUCGGGGGCUACCACAAAGACCCAACUUUCUGAAACUUUGUUGGGUUAGGUGAUUUGUUCGGUAAGCUUCAUAAAUCCUGUGGAGAUUAUCCAUGGAUCAUUUGUUCAUUAUACUUUCUAGAUUUAACUAGGAAGAAACAGAAGGGAAUUGUAGAAUUUGAACAGUCUGUUUAGUAUUCCAUUGAGACUGAUGACUCAAUUUUCUUUCUAUAAACGUUGGCCGAUGACUCCUGUAGAAUGUCAUUGAAGCUCACAGCUAUGUUAUAGGGCUUUAGUGGGACCUGGGACAGCAGAGGUCUACUUCUUUACGGAUCCAUGUGUAGUGUUACUUGAGUGUCUCGGAUGCUAUAGCUCUCAAGAAGGUUUUUGCUUCUCUUGCCAAGUUUUGAAAGAAGCUAUAUGCUGCCCUGACAAUCCCACCAUUAUUCACUAAUGUAUAAGGAUCUAGAGUUUUAUUCACAGAGCUGGUCUCAUGUUUUACAAAACAAAAAAUCCAGAAGUAACUUUACUAACUUUUCUGGGGUCCCAGACCGAAUAGAUUUGCAUAAAAUAACACUGUUGGGUGGUCUCUGUAAUAAUGAAUUAACUAAUAGUACCAAAUAAGGAAUGUGUAUGGUAUGGCCAUAAGGGUGACAUUUCAAGAUACUCAUGUUUUAGAGUGGACACCUUGUCCAGAAACACCUCAGCUCUCCCUUGUUGUGUGACCUCACCUGUCAGUCCAUAACUAUGUAACAAUGACAACAUAAUGUUUUCCGUUUUCUACAGUAUGUCAUGGCACCUUGAGGUUUCUUGUCAUCAGACUGGGUUCUGUUAGCAUUGAAUGGGAUUCAGAAAUGUUAAUUUUCCAAAACUGGUCACUCCUUUAACGCACCUUGCAUCCUUAUUUCCCAAGAAAGAAAAAACGGGUGCCAACCAAUCCCCACCAUGACCCAUCCACCCAGCCGUUUCCACAAUCUGUCCAGCCAUGCCCCAGUUUUUCAGUGACCGCACCCAUAAUUAUGAUAUUUUAUUCAUCUCAUCAUUAAGUCCCUGGUCAACAUCAAGGUCACAGCAUGCUGUCAGACGUGUUAGACGUUGGCUUUGGCCUGUGGCUUCUUCCCGCUGUACGAAUCACAGUCACUGACACAAACUACCUCAAUGAUAUGCACAAAUCUAAGACACUGAAACUGAGUUCUUGCUGAAACGCGUUAGGCAAAGCUGUUCCAUGCUAGAAUAUAUUUAGAAGGCUACUUGCAUGUAUAGACGUUAUGCACGCCAACCGCCUCAUCGAUGUUCACCUUGACCACAAGCAUGUAGUGCAUUGUGGGUAUGUGCCAUCAUGGUGGCAAUCAUUUAGGAAAUUGCACUAACUCAGCCAUGUAUACUGCAGUAGCAUAUGAUAUUCUGUUAGUAGAUUUUUUUUUUGUAUUAUUGUUAUUAUUAUUAUUGUUAUUAUUAUUUAAGUAAUUGAUUAUAAGAUGCACUUAAAAUGAAUUUUCCUUUUUAUUUGUCCAACAUAUUUCCAGUGAUUCUGCUGAGUGUAUACUUUGGAUUUGCGGAGAACAUAUAACAUUUUGUAUAGAGAAAUAAAUUUGUACUGAAAACCUAAAUGUCAUUACUGCCAUUUGUCAUUUGACCUCAUGAAAAGAUAACUCAUUUCACAUAAUCACAUUUCCAUACUGGUAACAAUUGAUAAAGUUCUCUGACCCCUGGAAUGAUAAAAAUGGGGGUUGGGCCAUGAGGCCACACCCCUUUCCAGUGAAGCCAUGCCACUUUUAGCAGCAUGCACCUGCGGAGCGUGCAUGGAAUCUUUCACUUGCACCCUAGUGAGGCCUCUGUUCCAAGCCGCAUCCUGAUUGAAAGGCUGCCGGCAUUUGGGGGCGGGAGUUUGGCGAAAGUGGCCAGUGCUCCCGAAACCACGUUGCCCCUGUUUUCUGGGAGUGUCGAGGCCAGAGUCUUCGUCUUUGGACGGGAUUUUCUGGCCUCAGCAGCGUGAACAGCCCGGCCGUCUUGUGUUACCUGAAAGUUAUUCAGAUGACCAAUGUUCACGUACGUGAUUCUAUCUUCAGACUCAGCAGCAGUUUGCAUUGGCUUGGAGGAGCCUUCUGCUGCUUUUGCAUAUUUUCGUACAGCAGCUGCGUCCAGUGUCGGACUGGGACAUGAAGGGCCCACCGGGGCAAUGCAGUGAUAGGGGCCAGUACUUAGUGGUGUGGCCAGCCAACAAAGGGGGUGUGGCCAGCCUCCACAGAGGCUUGAAAUACACAAUAGUUUAGUGCAGUGUAAUGCAACAUAUCUACCAUCUAUAAUACAAGUGCAUAGUCUGGAACCUGAUUUCUAGAGGUAGGAGUGGGCCCUCAGGCAGUUGGGCCUACCGGUGGUUUCCCUGGUACCCCUGUGGGCCAGUCCGACCCUGGCUGCAUCCAAAGGCAUCCUUGUCAGGACCUGAGUGCAAUUAGCGACAGUCUGAUAUCGAGCGCAACGUGAAUGCUGCAAUUACCGUGCAGGGAUGAGAUGUAUUCCUGGCUUCUUCGGACAAUUGUCUACAUAACCAUUAAAUUAAAAUAAAUCAAGCAGUAGUAUAAAUGUGAAUGUCCAUUACACCUCAAUUCAUCCACCAUCGUCCAUGAAAUAAGGCAGCAUUAAGUAUAUUUAGAUAGGCAGAUUUUAAUAUCACAGGGUUUAGUUGUGGGAAAAUCAGGCUAUGGUCAUACUUUCUAAAAGUCUUCGAGUUGUGAUUUGAAUUAAAAGAAUAAUACAUUAGCUUUUACCCUACAGCCAAAUCAUUUUAAAAUACAUGAAGAUUUAAAAAGAUUUAGAAAGAUCCGGUUGCAUCAGCUCAGUGAUGGGCAACCAAGCUGGAAAACAGAAAACUCGGAACCUUCUAAAGUAUAAAUGCUUAGGUAUAAUAUAACCUUCUGUGAAGACACUGAGGAGAUAGUGGCUGUUCUCACUUAUUUUGUGUCUUCCAUUCGGUAAACAUGUAACGAUGCCCAAACUCCUGUCAUUAUAGCUACGUAUAAUGCCUCUAUGCCAAAAGUAUAGUCUAGGAUCAAAAAGUCAACUAAAAUAGACAGAAACAGUGAUCAAAUUAUUUUUAUAAUCUUAGUUUAUUAUCGACCUUUAAUUAGAGAGCACCACAGAGCCGUACAGUGAAAAAACAACAACAACAUAAAUAUAGCAUUAAUGUAAAGGUUAAACAUAAAAUGAAACCACAAUAAUGCAACCAAAGAUGAUGGGAAGGAGGAGAAGGAUAGAAAGACGCGGUAAGGCUUGUAGAGGAAGCAAUAAAGGGACAGAGUAGGGGGCUGACAGCACUCGGUGAUCCUGUACCCACUUUGUGGACAGGCAGGAUCAGAGUCACCAGUGGGGAAUAAUAUACACAGGGGAUAAUUGCACAUUAGUGGCAGUGAUAGUGCUAGGAGAAAGAGGGCCCUGCCUGUGAGGCAAACUUACAGACCUUAGUGAUCUCCUCUCUGAGAGGAACCUUAGAGAGGAGAUAAAGGUGGCCAGUGAUGGGGGUGGACCGUUUGUUUUAUUAAGCAACCCCCUUUGUGACAAAUGCUGCGAAUAGCGAGUCAACGGAGAGGGGGAAGGGCCAAAAUAAUGCAAUUAUCAUAGAAUCACAUCACAUUGGCUCCACCUCCUCCCCACUUUACUAUUAAUUUGGUGGUAUGCGGGAGGACUGCCCACUCUUCCGAGAGCCCGAGGGGACUCUCUGAGAAUUAGGAGAGGUUUUCAAGGAUUGUUCUGGGAGAGUAGUUAAGCAUGCCUUGAGGGCUUACAGUCUAGAGGGAUUGAAGUAGCCAGAAGGUGGAUUGAGGAAGAGGGUGGGGCCUGUGGUUAGAGGCCCAUGUCUAGGGGGGUCCAUGUGCAGCACCUCCACUAUUUGUGCUGCGGUCCCCCUUCCUACGUCUGAUGGCGGUGCCACCUGAGAUGUUCCAUGUGAUAUGAUCGGAAAACGGCGCAUGCAAAGAAGAUAGAGAAGUCUCUGGCUUAGUGCCAGAGUCUACAAUUACCUGCACUGGCACCAUCUUUCCGACUGAUCACAUGAAAGGGGGGAUGCUGCAUGGUGUCCGGCUCCCGCUGCACCCAUAUUAGAUACACCACUGGUUAGAGAGGAUGAGUUGAUAGUUAUGAGGGCUGAUAGACUUGUAUGAUGUAGUGAGAAUUGAGGGCUCAUUUGAAGGAGUGGAGGUUGGCAGAAAGUUUAAAACACCAAGGGAGUGAGUUCCAGAGAAAAGGGGCAGCACAGGAGAAAUCGUGUGUGCAGGAAUGAGAAGAGGGGAUCUGAGUGAGAGUGUGGCAGCAGUCAGUGGAGGAGCAGAGAGGGCAGUAGGGAGAGUGGAAAGGAAUGAGGUCAGAGAUGUAGGAGGGAUGGAGUUAUAGCAUUAUACUGAAUUUAUUAAUCCAGACAAACAAUGUAACCAUUGAGGAUGUGUUUACAUACCGUACAUGGUGCUAAUAGAAAGGGACAGUAGUAAUGACAAGAGGGAAGUCGGGUCCUUAAGAAGUCCCUUGUGUAUGCCACAUGGGCGUGCUGGGACUUGGUGUCAUGCCAGCCUGUGUGCCACAGGUUGCCUACCUCUGUGUUUAGGUGACUCACCAUUGCCAGCAUUUGCUCAGAGUAGAUACAGUAAUUCCCUUUUCUGCCCAGUGCUUUGCAUAAGGGCAGCUGCCUCCCUGUUCCUGCUCACCCGGGAGUGGUUAUUAUUCUUGUAACCACCUUGAAAAUAAGCAAACGCAGAUGGACAGAUGAAUUUUACAGUGAGCGGUAACUAGACAGGUGUCCAAAGAACACUUUGCUAAUCUCAUGCCUAAAGCAGGAAGGGAAAAUUCUGGAUGGGAAAAGUCAAUGUUUGUCAUAUUAAUCCUGUGCUUGUCUGGGGAGCACGAGACACAUGUGUUAGCAUCCAAUGCACAGUCAUAGGGCUGCCAGCUGCAGGUCUAGGUUUA